AUGGCGUGCCUGUACAUGUACCUUUCUUUGGGCGUGGCCAUGUUUGCUUCCGGUACGAAAGCGGCGGAUGUGCCUUGCCCGAGCAGAUGUCGAUCUUGUGAGAACCAGGUGGCCGAGUGUGCCAAACGCAGCUUAACCGCACCUCCCACGAGGUACCCUCAAGGAACAAAGAUCAUUAACCUUGAAGGGAAUCACAUCCGGGUCAUAGCAGAAAAGACCUUUGGUGACCUUCCUUCCGUGGAAGUUCUGAAGAUGAGUGGGAACAAGAUCGUGGCCUUGAGAAAUGAUGCCUUCAGUGCCUUUCCAAAUCUGAUCAGCUUGGACCUUGUCGACAACAGAAUCUCAAAGAUAAGCAGACGAGCUUUCAAAGACCUGGACAAACUUCGGACGCUGUCAAUAAACAAAAACAAAAUUGAAACACUCGAGGGAAUUCUACAGUAUAUCCCCAACCUAUUUCAGCUCAACGUGGCUAAUAAUAGAAUAAUCACCAUUGGUCAAAACGAUCUGACCCCGCUGUCACGUGUCCAUUACCUGGAUUUCAGGGAUAACUUGGUAUCCAAUAUCCACCCUGAGGCUUUUAAACACCUGGAUAAUUUAAGGUACCUGUUUCUAAACAACAACCCCUUGGUGGUGACCCCCGUGUUCCAGUUUGGCAGCCAGGUGCUUCAGUUGGUAGACCUCUCACACUGUGACCUGAAGGGAGUGCCGGGUCCUUUCCCUGCCUCCGUGACUGACCUUAGACUGGGCAAUAAUAAGAUCAUGCAGGUCCUAGGCUCUGAUCUGCUCAACAUCACAGACCUCCAGUUACUGACUCUGAAUGACAAUGAGCUCCACUUUUUAGCAGACGGCAGCCUGACCCACCUGACCCAACUUCAAGAGGUGUGGCUAAGACACAACAACCUGGUCUACAUUCCCCGGAACUUGCCAGACAAUGUCCGCAAGAUCCACGUUGACUCCAACAACAUCCAACAGAUAGAGGUGGGUCUCUUCAGCAACAUGUCCCACCUUGACUACCUGACAGUAGAGAACAACCAGAUCAACGGCAUCCAACCUAACACUUUCACCGGGCUUCGCUUCUUGAACACAAUCAAUUUUCAGGGAAACCAAAUCCGGAGCUUGGAGACGGACACUUUCGUGGAUUUGGGAAGCUUGAGUACGAUUCUGUUGUCAAAUAAUCCUUUGAAAAGAAUCCAGGAUGGGGCUUUUAAGAAUCUUGGGAACUUAACACAGUUAUUUCUGUGCUACAUUGACGAAGAUGAUUUCAAGCUGGAGGGAAAUUUCCUUCAGGAAAUGCUGCGCCUGGAGACUCUGCAAAUGAUCAACAGUCCUGGACUGGUUGAGGACUUCAUGGUGAUGAUAAAUGAUUCAGCGUUCACUCCAGUUCCUCUAGAGAAACUGACCCAGUUAGAUCUAAGUUACAACAACCUUCAUUGGGUGAGUCCCCGGAUUAAAGAGAUGUUUCCCAAUCUGUUGUCAAUGCCCUUAGACGGAAACCCGUUGAGAUGUUCCAAGCAGCUAAAGUGGUUGAGGGAUUGGAUGGUGUCCAGUGAAGUAUCUUUUCACAACCAUAACGAGAUUGUAUGCGAGACGCCAGCGAGGCUGAAGAAUCGAGCGAUAAGAAGCAUCCAAGAUCACGAAUGGGCAGACGAGAAAGAAGCGGAAACUGCGCCUGCUGACGUAGCCAAUAGCGGAAAAGAGAACGCAACGCUGAAAAAUAAACAAGGAGAAGCUAAUACAGAAGAAGAAGUUCAAAGAGAUGCAACAGAAACCAGAACAAAGAAAGUUCAAAAUCUGCAAGGAAUGGCCAAAAGAUCUAGAGAUGAAAAAGAUCAAGGUAAAAUCAAAGGGAAAGGUCGCAAGGGAAAGAAGCGAGGAAAUGAUAGCAAGGGAGAUAAGAAAGAGAGAGGGAAAACAGCGAAAGGAAAGAAAAACAGCGAAGGUUAA